AAGAACCAAGGCAUGAGUAUGAUUAUCAGCUAUCAAGGAGGAUCACUUUGUAACUGAUUAACCUGAGCAAAGAGUAUGUAUCAGUCUCAUCGUGGUACAUUUGCAGUAUCCGCUUCAAAGUUCAAACAAGAACCUGGUACAGACAAGCUUUGGAAAUACAGAAACUGAAUGGACAAAGAUAUUGAGAAUGUACAACCAUACUGCAGAAGAAAGCACAAUGACUGAUGAUAGCAAGAUGACCCUCAACCUUCUCUUGCUUGGAAGGACACAGAGUGGGAAAAGUGCCUCAGGAAACACCCUUUUAGGUAGCGUUGACUUUACCAGUUACUUGUCCCCACGUUCAGUGACCACAUCUUGUCACCUUGGCCGCAGCUGUCACAUUUCAGGUCUUGCACGUCGGAAUGGUAGUGAACUAGCAGUGCAGGUACAUGUACUGGACACUCCUGGAUAUCCUCACAGUAGCUUGAGCAAAGAGCAGGUACAUCAAGAGGUGAAAAGUGCUGUAGCUCAUCACUUUGGAGAGAAAGGCCUGCACUUGGCACUUUUAGUCCUGAGAGCUGAUGUCCCACUUUGUGAAGAGGAAGAUGACCAUACAACUGAGUUAGUCCAGGAACUGCUGGGUCCUAAAUGGAAAGAUUUUACUGUCAUCUUAUUUACUCAUGCAGAUCGAGUUGAAAAGGCUAAGUUCGAGAGAGAAGAAUACCUGCACAUUGCCUCAGAUACGCUACACAAACUCAUACAGUCAGUACAGCAAAAAUACAUUUUUAUAGAUAACCAUGCAACCAUACUAAAAGAGGAAAAUCUAAGAGCUUUGAGAAAAAUUAUGGAGUUCCUAAGACAAAACAAUUACCAAAGAAUUCUAUUCAAAUAAAUGUGCCAUGGUAUAAACGUUGCAGUUAAGCAAUCAUCCAUUCACACAUUCACAAAUCUUCAUCUCCUCCUCCCUCAAUCGUGGGUAUUAUUUCAGAUUUUAAACUAUUUGGGAAAAGAUUUAUUUCAUAUGUGGAACACACCUAAGAAACUAAAGUACACCAAUCUGGACACAGAUGAAUACAGCUAUUUCCCUACAGGUAGCUCAUGAGCUGUUGCUUGCCAGCUGCUGCAGAGUAGCUUGCGCGCACCCUUACAAACCCAGGAAGGAUACUGAAAAGAUCUGCUCUAAGCUUUUAAAAAAGUGUUCCUAUCUGCACAUAAUGUAGGUGGUGGCCAGACUCUCAGUGGUGGUGCCUCACCUUUGGAAUGCUCUCCCCUUUAUGGCUCACAUGGUACCUACCUUUCUUUUAGAUGCCAGACCAAAACUUUACCCUGGCUUUUAACUAAGACAUUUCUUUUUUACUUAUUUUAUUGCCUGCUCCUAGCCUGAGCCUUGUUUUAUUAACAUCAUUUUACGCCAUUGUUUGUUUUAUGUGCUUUUAUGCCCUGGCUUUUAAUUAGCACAUUUAUUUAUUCUACUGAUUUGGCUGUUUUACUCUUACUUGUUUUACUGACUUUAUUGUUCUGAUUGGCUUUGUUUUUUAGUUGUGAGCUGAGUCAGCACACAAAUUCACUAAAUAAAUAGGUUUUGCUCUGUGCAGCUCAGCUAAUAGCAUUUUUCUGGUGCUCUUCCUAGUGCAGAUUCUGAUUCUAGGACAAAAACUAAAGGGAAACUAAUACUGCUUUAAGUUAUAGCUCUAAAUUUCUUCCUUCUGGUUGUUAAAACACACACACACAAGGAUAAGCUGCUUCGCUCUUGUUAAGGCACACUAAUUCACAGUUGUAAGAAUCAGCAGAAUUGAGGAUUAAUGUAAAAUUCUACACCAUCCAUUCCUGUGUUCUUACAAGUAGCGGAAUUGCAGAGGACUUCCUUCAUUAUCAUACUAUAUAGCAAAUGAGGUUAUAAGGCUGCUGCUUUUGUUUAUGGAAGUCUGGUAUAUCAUUUCUGAAGAAACAAAUGAUUUACAACAUCCCCACAAAUUAGCAGCAGAG